CAUGGGCCACCCAGUCUUUGUCGAGGUUGGGAAUGUCAGGAUGAUUAUGAGGGUGAACCUCGUGACGCAGGAUGAUCUGUUGUAUAUGUUCUCAUCUAUACUGCGGGAUCUUAAUUUCAUUGAUCACACGAGCGACAUCGGAUGGAAGGAAUUUCAAAGGGCGAAGCCUAUUAUCAUCGAUCCAGGGUUGUAUAUGUCAAAGAAAGCAGAUGUCUUCUGGAUUACCCAAAGAAGGAGCAUAUGCAUUCAAACUAUUUACAGGUGUAGAAUGCAAUCUUGCCAUUGAUUUAGAUCUUAUUUAUCCUUCUCUUGAAUUUUGAGGGUGCAUUUGGAUGCUUAGUUGCAGUUGGUUAUGAAAAUUCAGUUAAACAUAGAGGAAAGGACCAAA